UGCGUUGUGGGAAGGAGGCUGGGGCUGUGCUGGGGACACACUUCUGGGCUGCUCGCUGCUCUUCAACCCCUGCCAGCGGCCCACCCAGGACAAUGCCCCCCACAGCCGCCUUGUGCCCAUCACCACUGCCCUGGGCCAGCUGAACUGAGGACAUGUGCCUCCCUCGGCGCCACACUGCCCGGGAGACCCCUCUGUCGCUCCCCUUCGAGGCGGUACGUGUCAUGGCGCCGCGGCCUCCGCUGGGGCCCCGCCUCCUGCUCGUGCUGCUGCUGUGCCCCCGGCCGCCCCCGACUGAGGCGCAUCGCUUCUCCGCGCCCAACACCACCUUCAACCACUUGGCACUGGCGCCCGACCGCGGCACGCUCUACGUGGGUGCCGUGAACCGCCUCUUCCAGCUCAGCCCAGAGCUGCAGCUUGAGGCCGCGGCCGUCACCGGCCCCGUGUUCGACAGUCCCGACUGCGUGCCCUUCCGUGACCCGACCGACUGCCCGCAGGCCCGGCUCACGGACAACGCCAACCAGCUGCUGCUGGUGAGCAGCCGGGCCCGGGAGCUCGUGGCCUGCGGGCAGGUGCGGCAAGGCGUGUGUGAGAAGCGGCGCCUCGACGACGUGGCGCAGGUACUGUACCAGGCCGAGGACCCUGGCGACGGGCAGUUUGUGGCCGCCAACGCCCCAGGGGUGGCCACGGUGGGCCUGGUGGUGCCGACGCCGGGCCGGGACCUCCUGCUGGUGGCCAGAGGCCUGGCGGGCAAGCUGUCAGCAGGGGUGCCGCCCCUCACUGUCCGCCAGCUAGGCGGGCCACAGCCCUUCUCCAGCGAGGGCCUGGGCCGUCUGGUGGUGGGCGACCUCUCGGACUACAACAACAGCUACGUGGGGGCCUUUGCCAAUGCCCGCUCCGCCUACUUUGUCUUCCGCCGCCGGGGCGCGCGGGCGCAGGCCGAGUACCGCUCCUACGUGGCCCGGCUCUGUCUCGGUGAUGCCAACCUCUACUCCUACGUGGAGGUGCCCCUCACCUGCCAGGGCCAGGGCCUCAUCCAAGCUGCCUUUCUCACCCCGACUACCUUGCUGGGGGCAUUUGCCGCGGGCCCCGGCACAGCACAGGCGGCCCUGUGCGCCUUUUCCCUGGCCGAGCUAGACGGGAGCAUGGAACAGGCCCGUCGCCUUUGCUACACGGCCGGUGGCCGGGGCCCCAGCGGCGCAGAGGAAGCCGCCGUAGAGUACGGAGUCACAUCUCGCUGCGUCGCACUGCCCCCCGACUCCCCGGAGUCAUACCCCUGUGGUGACGAGCACACCCCCAGCCCCAUUGCUGGUCUCCAGCCCCUGGAGGCCAGGCCUCUGCUGUGGCUCCCGCAGCCCAUCAGUGCCGUCGCAGGCCUGCAGACAGAUGGGCACACGAUAGCUUUCCUGGGGGACACCCAGGGUCAGCUGCAUAAGGUCUUUCUCAACGGCUCCCAAGGCCAGGUGUACCACUCCCAGCAGGUGGGGCCUCCGGGCUCAGCCGUCAGCCCAGACCUGCUGGUGGACGGCAGCGGCAGCCACGUCUAUGUCCUGACCACCGGGCAGGUGGACCGGGUGCCUGUGGCUGCCUGUUCCCAGUUCCCUGACUGCACCAGCUGCCUGCAGGCCCGGGACCCACUGUGCGGCUGGUGCGUCCUCCAGGGCAGGUGUGCCCGCAAGGGCCAGUGCAGCCGGGCGGCCCAGGCCGAUCACUGGCUGUGGAGCUUCGGGGACAGCCGCUGCCCGCAUGUGCAGAGCCUGCUGCCGGCCCACCGCCCUCGCCAGGAGCAGGGUCCGGUCACCUUGUCUGUCCCUCGGCUGCCCACCCUGGCCAUGGAUGAAUACUUCCAUUGCGCCUUUGGGGACUACGACACUUUGGCCCACGUGGAAGGGCCCCACGUGGCCUGCAUCAGCCCUCCCCCAGACCAGUUGCCUCUUAACCCUCCGGGCACAGACCACGUCACCUUGCCCCUGGCUCUGAUGUUUGAGGAUGUGGCUGUGGCUGCCACCAACUUCUCCUUCUAUGACUGCAAUGCUGUCCAGGCCUUGGAAGUGGCUGCUCCGUGCCGUGCUUGUGUGGGCAGCCUCUGGCAGUGCCACUGGUGCCCACGGAGCAGCCGCUGCGUGCAUGGAGAGCACUGCCCAGAGGGCGAGGUGACCAUCUACAGUGCCCAGGAGGUAGAUGUCCACGUGCGUGGUCCACAGGCCUGUCCCCAGGUGGAGGGCCCAGCAGGUCCCCUCCUGGUGCCUGUUGGUUGGGAGAGCCAUCUGGCCCUGCGCGUGCGGAACCUUCAGCAUUUCGGAAGCUUGCCCGCCUCCUACCACUGUUGGCUGGAGCUGCCCGGGGAACUUCGAAAGCUGCCAGCCUCCCUGGAAGAGGUGGCCGGGGACGUGGGCCUCAUCGACUGCCAGGCCCAGCAGUUCUACCCCUCCAUGGCCCAGCAGGAGCUCCUGGUGCCCAUCUAUGUCACCCGGGGCAAGGGGCAGCGGCUGGACAAUGCCCACACUCUUCAUGUGACCUUGUAUGACUGCGCCGUGGGCCACCCCGACUGCAGCCGCUGCCAGGCGGCCAACGGAAGUCUGGGCUGUCUGUGGUGCGGCCACGGGCGGCCCACCUGUCGCUACGGUCCCCUAUGCCCCCCCGGGGCCGUGGAGCUGCUGUGUCCCACCCCCAGCAUUGACGCAAUCCAGCCCCUGACCGGGCCCCCUGAGGGUGGUUUGGCCCUCACCAUCUGGGGCUCCAACCUGGGCCGGGACUUUGCUGAGGUGCGAGACGCCGUGAAUGUGGCUGGCCGGCCCUGUAGUCCUGAGCCCUCCCUCUACCGCACCUCUGCCCGGAUUGUGUGUGUGACAUCCCCUGCCCCCAGUGGCACGACGGGGCCAAUCCAAGUAGCCAUUAAGAAUCGGCCACCAGGCGUCUCAACCCAACAUUUCACCUACCAGGACCCCAUCCUGCUGAGCCUGAGCCCCCCGCGGGGCCCCCAGGCAGGGGGCACCCAGCUCACUAUCCAUGGGCAGCACCUACAGACAGGAGGCAACGUCAGCGUCUUUGUGGGCAGACAGCCCUGUCCCAUCCGGGAGCCGGUGUGUCCUGAGGCCAUUGUGUGCCACACCAUGUCCCAGGCCCACCCGGGAGAAGCUGUGGUUCGAGUGGUGUUUGGCCACGCGCACCGCGCGCUGCCCGCCAGCGCCUUCCGCUACACUGCUGACCCCCAGCUUGUGUCGGCAGAGCCCAGCGUCAGCUUCCGGGGGGGCGGCCGGCUGAUCCGAGUCAGGGGCACGGGCCUGGAUGUGGUGCAGCAGCCCCUGCUGUCCGCGUGGCUGGAGGCCACAGCGGAGGGGCAGGCCGCAAGGGCCCAGCCCCCGGCCCCAACCCCAAGGAGGAGCUGCGGGGCCCCCCUUGCAGCCCCCCAGGCUUGUAUCCAGCUUGAGGGAGGCUUGCUGCAGUGCUCCACCAUCUGUUCCGUCAACUCGUCCAGCCUCCUCCUGUGCCGGAGCCCUGCUGUGCCAGAUGGGGCGCGCCUGCGGCGCGUCUUCUUCACCUUGGACAACGUGCAUGUGGAUUUCGCCAGCGCCAGUGGGGGCCAGGACUUCCGGUACCAGCCCAACCCCCGUCUGGCCCCCCUCAGCGGAGAGGAGCCCACCCGCCCCUACCGCCUCAAGCCGGGCAACGUGCUGGAUGUGGAGGGCCAGGGCCUCAACCUGGGGAUCAGCAAGGAGGAGGUGCGCGUGCACAUCGGCGAUGGCGAGUGCCUGGUGAAGACCCUCACGCUCACCCACCUCUACUGCGAGCCGCCAGCCCGGGCCCCCCAGCCCGCCAAUGGCUCCAGUACCCUGCCGCAGUUCGUGGUUCAGAUGGGCAACGUGCGCCUGGCGCUGGGCCCCGUCCAGUACGAGACUGAGCCCGCCCUGCCCACCUUCUCCGUGGAGGCCCAGGCGGGCCUGGGCAUGGGCGCGGCAGUUCUCAUUGCCGCCGUCCUCCUCCUCACCCUCAUGUACAGGCACAAGAGCAAGCAGGCCCUGCGGGACUAUCAGAAGGUUCUCCUGCAGCUGGAGAACCUGGAGAUCGGCGUGGGGGACCAGUGCCGCAAGGAGUUCACAGACCUGAUGACCGAGAUGACCGACCUCAGCAGCGACCUAGAGGCCAGCGGGAUCCCCUUCCUGGACUACCACACCUAUGCGGAGCGAGUCUUCUUUCCGGGGCGCGGCAGCCGCCCGCUGCAGCCCGCACCCGAGGGGCCCGGGGAGGAGGGCCCCCGUGCCCCCGUGCGCCAGGGCCUGACGCAGCUCUCCAACUUGCUCAACAGCAAGCUCUUCCUCCUCACGCUCAUCCACACCCUGGAGGCGCAGCCCAGCUUCUCCCAGCGGGACCGCUGCCACGUGGCGUCUCUGCUGUCCCUGGCGCUGCACGGCAAGCUCGAGUACCUGACCGACAUCAUGAGGACUCUGCUAAGUGACCUGGCUGCCCAUUACGUGCACAAGAACCCCAAGCUCAUGCUGCGCAGGACAGAGACCAUGGUAGAGAAGCUGCUUACCAACUGGCUGUCCAUCUGUCUCUACGCCUUCCUGAAGGAGGUGGCUGGUGAGCCCCUGUACAUGCUGCUCCGGGCCAUCCAGUACCAGGUGGACAAGGGCCCCGUGGACGCUGUCACCGGCAAGGCAAAACGGACCCUGAACGACAGCCGCUUGCUUCGGGAGGAUGUGGACUUCCGGCCCCUGACACUGACGGUGUUGGUGGGCCCCAGGCCUGGCGGGGCCGCGGGGAGCGGUGCGGUGCAGCGCGUGCCUGCCCGGGUGCUCGACACAGACACUAUCACCCAGGUCAAAGAGAAGGUGUUGGACCAAGUCUACAAGGGCACCCCCUUCUCCCAGAGGCCCUCAGUGCAUGCCCUAGACCUCGAGUGGCGCUCGGGCCUUGCUGGUCAUCUAACCCUGUCAGAUGAGGACCUGACUUCAGUGACCCAGAAUCACUGGAAGAGACUCAACACCCUACAGCACUACAAGGUCCCAGAUGGAGCCACAGUGAGGCUCAUCCCCCAGCUGCACAACGGAGGUGCCAUCUCGCAGAGCCUGGCCCAGAGCUGCCUCCCGGGGGAGAACACGCCCAUGCCGGAGGACGGUGAGGAGGGCGGGGUCCACCUGUGGCACCUGGUGAAAGCCACCGAAGAGCCAGAAGGGGCUAAGACCCGGCGUAGCAGCCUGAGAGAGCGAGAACGCGAACGGGCGCGGGCCAAGGCAAUUCCAGAAAUCUACCUCACCCGCCUGCUCUCCAUGAAGGGCACGCUGCAGAAGUUUGUGGAUGACGCCUUCCAGGCCGUCCUCAGUGUGAACAGGCCCGUGCCCAUUGCCGUCAAGUACCUGUUCGACUUCCUGGACGAGCUGGCACAGAAGCAUGGCAUUGACGAUCCGGAGACCCUGCACAUCUGGAAGACUAACAGCCUGUUGUUGCGGUUCUGGGUGAACACCCUGAAGAACCCACAGCUCAUCUUCGAUGUGCGCGUGUCAGACAACGUGGACGCCAUCCUGGCUGUCAUCGCCCAAACCUUCAUCGACUCCUGCACUAUCUCAGAGCAUAAAGUGGGUCGGGACUCGCCAGUGAACAAGCUGCUGUAUGCCCGGGAGAUCCCUCGCUACAAGCAGAUGGUGGAAAGAUACUACUCGGACAUCCGCCAGAGCUCCCCGGCCAGCUAUCAGGAGAUGAACUCGGCUCUGGCCGAGCUCUCCGGGAACUACACGUCGGCUCCCCACUGCCUGGAAGCUCUGCAGGAGCUCUACCACCACAUCCACAGGUAUUAUGACCAGAUCAUCAGUGCCCUGGAGGAGGACCCCGUAGGCCAGAAGAUGCAGCUGGCCUGCCGCCUGCAGCAGGUAGCAGCCCUGGUGGAGAACAAGGUGACAGACCUGUGAGCUGGUCACCUGAGGACCACCGGCCUGGAGAGGAGCAAGGGGCACGGCCUACCACCGCCUGUCGCCGCAGUGCCUUAGGACCCCUGGAUAGAGCCAGCAACCGAGGAGGGGGCAGCAGGGCAUGGAAGGGGGCCGUGCCUGCCGGGUAGCUCCCUGCCACCUCUCCCACAGCCCACCCUGCCUUCCCCUACCCGGGCUUCUUUCUAAUUUAUCGUAAUCCUUACCUCUUCCCCCUGUCUCCCUCACUGUAUUUAUUUGCUUGCUGGAGAAUCACAUCUGGAAAUAAAAUAGAAAUACAUCUUUUUAGAAAAAGCCUAA